CUCUAUAGUACCGUAGCCAUACGCAAUAAAAGGCGCGCGACGGCCAGUUUUGCCUCACGUUGCCGGGUCGAGCUUAGCCAGAGACAGUUGUGCCUCAUACCGGCACACAGGGCCAGCAGCAGCCUGCCUUCCUUGGUCGCAACACUGCGGGACAACAAGCGAAGCGCAUGGCCUCGGCGGUCCUCGGCCGCGCCCUGGCCUUUGGCGUGGGCCUGGGAGUGGGGUCGCUGGGCGCCUACAAGUUCAUCCUCGACGAGCUGAGGAACUCGACCAAGACCAUACUGGCCGCGAACGGCGCGCUGGAGAAGCGGCUCGCCGCCGUCGAGAGGGCGGCGUGA